CGGAAGCGGGGAGUUAAAGAGUCUGAGCCUGUCGUGGGAGCUGGCCCGGCACCCUCGGGAGCGCCCUGGAGUCGAUUUGGGGGGCUUCCUUUUUGUACACACCACUAGUUUUCUCUCUGUGCUAUGGGAGAUGUCAAAGAAUCAAAAAUGCAAAUAACACCUGAAACUCCAGGAAGAAUACCUGUUUUAAAUCCUUUUGAAAGUCCUGGUGAUUAUUCUAAUCUCCAUGAACAGACUGUCUCUAGUCCUUCUGUUUUUAAAUCGACAAAAUUACCAACUCCAGGGGAAUUUAGGUGGUCUAUUGAUCAACUAGCUGUAAUAAAUCCUGUCGAAAUUGACCCAGAAGACAUUCAUCGUCAAGCUUUAUACUUGAGUCGGUCUCGAAUAGAUAAAGAUGUGGAAGACAAAAGACAAAAAGCCAUUGAAGAGUUUUUCACUAAGGAUGUCAUCGUACCCUCUCCUUGGACUGAUCACGAAGGGAAGCAGCUUUCAGAGUAUCAUUCCAGUAAAUGUAUUAGCAUAAAUAAUGACUCGCCAACUGAAAGAAAACUGACCAUCCAUUCUGAGAAAAGCAACGCUGCUUGCCAGACAUUGCUGUCUCUUCCUGUGGAUUUUAAUUUAGAAAAGGUAUUAGGUGACUAUUUUAGAGCCGAUGAAUUUGCAGAUCAGUCUCCUGGGAACCUCAGUUCUUCAUCCCUCAGGAGAAAGCUGUUUUUAGAUGGCAACGGAAGUAUCUCCGACUCCUUACCUCCAGCUUCUCCCAGAAGUCCUUGUCAUGGUGCUCAAGCAUCACUUGAGGUUUUUUAUUCGAUAGACUUAUCUCCUGUGCAGUGUCGAAGCCCUGCGCAGACACCAAGUUCGGGGCAGUUUUCGUCUAGCCCUAUUCAAGGAAGUGCAAAAAAAUACAGUUUGGGAAGUAUAACCAGUCCUUCACCUAUUUCUUCACCCACUUUCUCACCAAUUGCAUUUCAAAUAGGAAAGACACCACUCUCAGAACAGAGGAAGUUUACUUCCCAUUCUCCCGAUGCUUCGUCUGGAACACAUGCUAACGGAAUUGCCAAUCCGUGUAUCCGAAGUCCUUACAUCGAUGGCUGCUCACCAAUUAAAAACUGGUCUCCGAUGAGACUCGAGGUGUGCGGAGGGGGCGCUCAGUACCGGACCUCCCUGAUCCGGAUCCCUUUUACUCUGGAGGCUCCAAAAGGAGAUGAAGACGACGGGGCGGACGAUCCUUCCGCAGACGUGCCCCCUCUGAGCGCGGGAGGCCACCUGCCGCAGCUGGAUGGCGCCGCCUCCCCGCGCGGCCCGCGCCUGGUGGUGACCGCCCUGUCCAUCACCCAUAGCCAGCCCGGCGCUGCCGAGAGGGAGCUGGCGCUGCUGCAGGAGGGGGACAGCGGGAAGGAGAAUGUCACGGUGGAUAUGGUGGAUCCCGUAGAGAUAGCAGAGGAGACCGCUUGGAUUAAGGAGCCGGGUGAUAAUGGGAGCCCGGCCAUGACCGAGUUUGUGAGUGGGAUCGCCUUCAGUAUUGAGAACUCCCACAUGUGCAUGUCACCUCUUGCAGAAAGCAGCGUCAUCCCCUGUGAAAGCAGUAACAUUCAGAUGGACAGUGGCUAUAAUACACAGAAUUGUGGAAGCAAUAUCAUGGAUACGGUUGGAGCGGAAAGUUAUGACAAAGAAAAUGACGCACAGACCUUGGAAGUCGAGACUAAAUCGCAAGUUUUUAAUACAAAGCAAGACCACCCAACACAAAGGUACUGGAUGAAAACAGCAAAUCCUCCUCAGUGCAGCAGUCCGUAGAAUACCUCUCUCCGAGCCAGAGCUGUCCCUGGACAGCUCCUCACAUAUUUUAUUACGCACGGGAUCGAUAAUGUGAUUGUGAUUGGGAAAAAACUGCUUCAACUUACAUGCUGAGCUUUUUUUCAUUCCCUCCUUAAUGUGAAAAAUCAAGGGCUUAAUUUAGUGACACAGGAACAACAGAAAAAGUCCUGGAACUUUCAGCAAGUUACUGAAGACCAAAUUCAUUUUUUAAUAAAAUAUUUUUGUACUGACCUUGAGUGAUGUGUUUAAUAAAAAACCUGAGAGUGAUGA